AGACUGGCGUGCGUCAGGGGUGUGGCCCAAACCCAGUUACGUUUCUGGCUGCUAAAGAAAUAUUGCGGCCCCGCGGCGAAUGAUCUGGUUCAGGUCUGGACUCUUCAGCAGACGGCCAGCAGGACCACGCCUCCGCGCGCUUGCAGCGGUGACCGGUGUUGGUCUGUCCCCACUCCUUGGCCGCCCCCCGUGGAGAAAGGCGCAGGCGCCUUUCAGUACCUUCCUUUCCACCAGCCUUCCCUUCUCCGCUUGGCACCCAGCCGCCAGAUGGCGCGCAGGGCCGAGCCUCCUGACGGGGGCUGGGGAUGGAUGGUGGUGCUCUCAGCGUUCUUCCAGUCGGCGCUAGUGUUCGGGGUGCUCCGCUCCUUUGGCGUCUUCUUCGUAGAGUUUGUCGCAGCGUUUGAGGAGCAGGCGGCGCGCGUCUCCUGGAUCGCCUCCAUAGGAAUCGCGGUGCAGCAAUUUGGAAGCCCAAUAGGCAGUGCCCUGAGCACGAAGUUCGGGCCCAGGCCAGUGGUGAUGAUUGGGGGCGUCUUGGCUGCACUGGGAAUGCUGCUCGCCUCAUUUGCUACCUCCUUAACCCACCUAUACCUAAGUAUCGGACUGCUCUCAGGCUCUGGCUGGGCCUUGACCUUCACUCCAACCCUGGCCUGCCUGUCCCGUUACUUCUCUCGCCGAAGAUCCCUGGCCAUGGGACUGGCACUGACAGGAGUGGGCCUCUCCUCUUUUGCAUUUGCCCCUCUCUUCCAGUGGCUCCUCAGCCACUAUGCCUGGCGGGGAGCCCUAAUGCUGGUGUCUGCCCUCUCCUUCCACCUGGUGGCCUGUGGUGCUCUCCUCCGCCCACUUUCCCUGGCAGAGGACACUGCUGUGGGUGGUCCUGUGUCCCAACUCACCUCCCUCAUCCAUAAUGGCCCCUUCCUCCGUUACACUAUUGCCCUCACUCUGAUCAACACUGGUUACUUCAUUCCCUAUGUCCAUCUGGUGGCCCAUCUCCUGGACCUAGGUUGGGACCCACUGCCUGCUGCCUUCCUACUCUCAGUGGCUGCUAUUGCUGACCUCGUGGGGCGCGUGGCCUCUGGGUGGCUGGGAGAUGCAGUCCCAGGGCCUGUGGCACGACUUCUGAUGCUCUGGACCACCCUGACUGGGGUAUCACUAGCCCUGUUCCCUGUGGCUCAGGCUCCCACAACCCUGGUGGUUCUGGCUGUGGCCUAUGGCUUUACCUCAGGUGCCUUGACCCCAGUGGCCUUCUCCGUGCUGCCUGAACUGGUGGGGACUGGAAGGAUGUACUGUGGCCUGGGACUGGUGCAGAUGGUAGAGAGCAUCGGGGGGCUGCUGGGGGCUCCUCUGUCAGGCUACCUCCGAGAUGUGACAGGCAGCUACACAGCUUCUUUUGUGGUGGCUGGAGUUUUCCUUCUUGCAGGGAGUGGAGUUCUCAUCACCCUGCCCCGCUUCUUCUGCUUCUCAGCUCCUACCUCCAGACCCCAGGACCUUGUAAUAGAGGCACUAGAUACCAAAGUCCCCCUGCCCAAGCAGGAGGGGCUGGAAGAGAACUGAACUCUACCAAGAGGCAGUCAGGCCUCCAAAGCCAGAACUUGACAGCUUCAGGUCUUUUGUCCCAUGGAGAUAUCCACAGAACCACAGUGCCUUAAGAUUCUUGAUCUAUCUCCUCCAGAGCAGACCUGGGGCUCCUGAAAUGUGUGUGCCAACCCUUUGUA